AUUAAAUAAAACAAAAAAAAAAAAUACAAUUCGGUUUGCCAUGUCGAAUUUCCUCCUCCUAUUCUCCCUUCUGAGCCUCUUCUCAAGCAGUAUAACUGCUCAGGGAGGUGGACGAUGGGAGCUCUUACAAGAAAGUAUAGGUAUUUCAGCCAUGCACAUGCAACUCUUAGGUGAUGACCGAGUCAUUAUUUAUGAUCGGACAGAUUUCGGCCCUUCAAACCUCACCCUAACUGAAUCACAAUGCAGUCUCACUCCUCGAGACUGCACUGCUCAUUCAGCAGAGUACGACUCCCUAACCAACACCUUCCGCCCCCUUGUUGUCAUAACCAACAACUGGUGCUCCUCGGGUUCCACCCUUUCGGAUGGAACCCUAGUCCAAACCGGUGGUUGGCGCGAUGGUGAUAAAGUAGUUAGAACUUUUACCCCAUUUUGUAAUGAUUGUGAUUGGGUUGAACUCCCUAAUAAACUACUCCAACGUAGAUGGUAUGCUAGUAACCAUGCCUUACCCGAUGGUCGUUUAAUCAUUGUGGGUGGUACACAAGCUUUUAACUAUGAAUUUUUCCCUAAAACCCCUUCAUCUUUUCAACUAUUUAAGUUACCUUUCCUACAACAAACUACAGAUCCACGGGCCGAGAACAAUUUGUAUCCGUUUGUGUUUCUUCAUGUUGAUGGGAACUUGUUCAUUUUUGCUAAUAAUCGUGCUAUUUUGUUCGAUUAUACGAAAGAUGUCGUGGUUCGAUCUUACCCUACUAUCCCAGGUGGUGAUCCGCGGAGCUAUCCUAGCACAGGAUCCGCUGUUCUUUUGCCUUUAAAGAAUCUAGAAUUGGGGUUAAAAAUUGAAGCAGAGGUUUUAAUUUGUGGGGGCGCUCCUACAGGGUCAUACUUAAGGGCACAAAAUUCAGGCCAAUUUUUGACUGCCUUGAAAACAUGUGCCCGUUUGAAGUAUACGGAUCCAGAACCGAGUUGGAUAAUUGAAACCAUGCCAAUGGCCCGAGUCAUGGGUGAUAUGGUGCUCUUACCAAACGAAGAUGUAUUGUUGAUUAAUGGUGCUGGGAGAGGUACUGCCGGUUGGGAAUUGGGUCGAGACCCGGUUCUUACACCAGUAAUUUACCACCCGGAUAAUACCCCAGGAUCCAGAUUUGAGACCCAAAACCCAAAUCAAAUCCCAAGGAUGUACCAUUCUUGUGCUGUUUUGCUCCGAGAUGGGCGAGUUUUAGUGGGUGGAAGUAACCCUCAUCAAUUCUACAACUUCACUAAUGUGCUAUUUCCUACUGAGCUUAGCUUGGAGGCUUUUUCACCCCCAUAUUUGGAUCCGGCUAACUCACGGGUCCGACCCACUAUAAUAAGUCCGAAAUCAGGUUUAAAGAUCACUUAUGGGAAACACCUUUCAAUUAAAUUUACUGUUAGCGGAUCGUUAGACCCGUCUUCAGUUAAAGUUACUCUACUUAGACCACCUUUCAACACACAUUCGUUCUCUAUGAGCCAGAGAUUGCUUGUUCUGACCAACAAGCAGGCCGCAAUGCCGGUCAUUCCGGCUCUGCUGGGUCGAUUUAAAGUGAAGGUUAUCACACCAAGGACGACUAAUAUAGCUCCUCCUGGCUAUUACUUGUUGUUUGUGGUGCACCAGGGUAUUCCUAGUAAAGGAAUUUGGGUUCAACUUACAUGAUUA